UGGCGCUCGACUGAGGUGGUUGUUUGGCUGGUGGUUCCUGCGUCGGAGCUGCGCGUGGUCGGCUUUUUUUUUUUUUUUUGAGAGAGAGAUCCCAGCAGUGCUGUAGAAAUGGGAAAGCGGACAGUCUUACAGCGAGAGUGGAUGGAAGCUGGGCUCUGGGGCGAGGCUGUGGGCACGCGUGGCCGGGCGUGGAUGGUCUCUUGGGCCGUGCUGCCCUCUAUAGGCGACACAGGAACUGCCCAGAGGGGCCCCACAGCUGAGGGCGGAACUUGGGGCGCCUACCGGUGCUGAGGGGACCCCCCCAUCCCCGCGGGUUCCCUGCAGCACCGUUCCCUCUGCGUUCCCGAGUUGGGCUUCCUUGAAGGAAAAAAGAACAGGGUGAAGUUUAGAGACCGCAGCUUCAGGAGACUAAUGGCGGCAACAGCAAGCGAGGUCGGGUGCAGGGUGUGUGAGACGUGUUCAUAGAGCUACAUUUUAACACCGCCCCACCUCCGCGACAGGGAACAAAAUCCGUCAAUAGGAGGGUUCUGAGCUGCUGGGCGUUCCGAAGGGCCGGGCUAGAAUAAUAAAAACCAUCUUGAUGACUCUUCGCUCAUGGGGGAGUGCCUAUAAAGGAGAUAAAAGGAUUUGGUGACCUCAUUUGCGUUUGCGACCUUUGGCACCAUGGAACCCUAAUCCAGAGAAGACCAGCUGAGUCAUUACCCCUGCCUCUAGGAAGAGCUUGUGGGAAACGUGACACAUGUGUCCUCCAAACAUGAGGUGUUGAGCCUGCUGCAAAUUAGUCACCGCAUACAAGGGGGCUUCACCAGCCGGUAGAAAACUGGAAUUGAAAGAUAUAUAAACUUCAUUUCUCAACAUAAGCUUUAUCAACUUGAAGACACUGUUGUAAUCGGUGAUAUCAGCCGUUUACUAGGUCCCUAAAGAACCGAGGGUCUUGGGAAUCUAACGAUGUCAAUAAGGUCUUUCACAUUAUCAACUGAAGAAAAAUCAGUGCCCUUUAGAGAUUUUUUUUUUUUUUAAUUAGAAAACAAAAAAGUCAGAAGAAGUCAAAUCAAGACUAAGGCGAUGCGUAAUGAUUUCUCAUUGAAACUCACAAAAUUGUCGUUGGAUGUGAGAAACAAGUAAGAACACUGUCCUGGCGGAGAACUCUUGUAAAGCUUUCCCUGGCAUUUUUCUGCUAAACAUUUUGCUCUAGACUGCCUACUUCCGUGUCUUCGUGGCCCAUUGCUUUGAUUGUACUUUGUUUUCCUGAUCAUACAGAUGGAGGAAUUGGAGCAAGGCCUGUUGAUGCAGCCAUGGGCAUGGCUACAGCUUGCUGAGAACUCCCUCAUGGCCAAGGCCUAUAUCACUAAGCAGGGCUAUGCCUUGCUGGUUUCGGAUCUUCAACAGGUGUGGCAUGAACAGGUGGACACCAAUGUGGUCAUCCAGCGAGCCAAGGAGUUGAACAAGCGCCUGACUGCCCCACCUGCGGCUCUUCUCUGUCAUUUGGAAAAUCUGCUGCACCCGUUGUUGAAGGACGCAGCUCACCCCAGCGAAGCGACCUUCUCCAGUGAUCGUGCGCCAGAGGCACUGAUUCUGCGGGUGCGGAGUGAGCUCUCCGGUCUCCCCUUCUGUUGGAAUUUCCACUGCACCCCAGCUAGUCCUUUCCUGGUCUCCCAACAUUUGAUUCGUCCUCUAAUGGGUAUGAGUCUGGCAUUGCAGAACCAAGUGAGGGAGCUAGCAACAUUGCUUCGAAUGAAAGAUCUCGAGAUCCAGGAGUACCGGGAGAGUGGGGCCACACUGAGCCGAGGUCGACUGAAGACAGAGCCAUUUGAAGAAAACUCCUUCUUAGAACAAUUUAUGGUAGAGAAGCUGCCAGAGGCUUGCAGUGUCAGCGAUGGAAGACCCUUUGUCCUGAAUCUGCAGAGACUGUAUAUGGCAGUCACCAAGCAAGAGGUCCAGGUGGGACAGAAGCAUCAAGGCACUGGAGAUCCUCAGACCUCAAGCAGCGCCUCCCCACAAAGAGCUGAUAGCCAACUUGUGGUUCAGCCAGAACAGCCGGUCUUCUCAGCACCGGCCCUCUCAGGGCCAGAGAAAGAGCCCAUGGCUAUUUCAGCCUCUGGGCAGAGACCUCAGCUGUCGAAGGUCAAGAGGAAGAAGCCACGGGGGCUCUUCAGUUAAUGCAUUGCGGAUGGCUUGGAGAGGAGCUGCCUGUCUUCACCCUGGAGGAGCCAGCCUGACGGCAGGGUUCCUGACACACAGUCUUACAGUCUAGGUCAAGGGAAUGGAGAUCCACGUUGCCCCGCUUCCCGAAUGGGGGCUGCGAACCAAGCAUUGCGCUUCCCUGUUCACGUGGGAGCCAGGCGCUAGGCAUCCCAUUCUUCUGCUGGAUUUUCUCUCAGCCUAGGACCCUGCUAUGCACUUCAGGUGGAGAACAAGUUAGCAGACAGGCACAGCCUGCUCAGGAAACCUUGUCCGCGUUACUCCAGGUGCUCCCCAGAGACCCACUUCUCUCUCGAGCAAGGAAUAAAAUGCACUCGCUCGUACCGCCCUGCCCUUGUGACUGCUUGUCUCUGGAGCGCACACCUCGCCUGGCUUCACCAGGCCCCACCCCAUUGCUGCCUGAGGACCAAGCUGGUGCCUUCUGUCCGGUCCUUUAGACACUCAAGCUUCUCUGUGUGGCCUGAGCUCCUAAGCCUCCAUCUGGAAACUCUGAUCUCAAGAACUCUGUCCAUGGAGGGCACAAGACAGACAGAUGGCCGCUACUCUCCUGUGCCAAACUUGGAUAUGUUUCUGUGUUUGCAAGACAUUGAUAACAGGUUGAACCACAGCGUGGGAAUUGAAAUAACCAAGAGCUUCAAGCACUAGGACCACGGGAGGUUCCAACUAGGGUGGCAGAAAAAGGAGUUUGACUUUUUCAUUCUCCACUCUACUUUAACUAUGCAGCUAGUGUGACAAAGAGCAGGCAAUGACUGCAGGGGUGCCCUGGGAGGACACACUGGGUCUGCAGAACUCAGAGUACCGAGCAGGGAAGAGUGUACAGAUCGAGGGAGAUAGGCAGAGGCCGAGACAGGUAGGAAGUCAGUUCUUCGGCACCAGGGGAUUGGCCAAGUCCCCUAACCUUCUCGGCCAGAUUUUCCUUUCUCGAUAAGACCACCCGAGGGGCCAGUGGUGGCACAGCAGGUUAAGCUGCCACCUGCACCUCUGACAUCCUGUAUGAGUGCCUGUUUAAGUCCUGGCUGCUCCAUUUCCUAUCCAGCUCCUUGCUAACGCACCUGGGAAAGCAGCAAAAAUAGCCCAAGUACUUGGGACCCUGCCACCCACACAGGAGACCCAGAUGGAGUUCCUGGUUCCUGGCUUCACCUGUGUCGGCCCUGGUUGUUUCAACCAUUUGAGGAGUAAACCAGCAGAUAGGAGAUAUCUUUCUCUCUGUCUGUCUCUCUCUCCCUCUCUCUCUCCCUCUGCCUUUCAAAUCAAUCAGUAAAUAAAUCUUAAAAAAUAAACAAAAGACUACCUGAAACUUCACACUGGAGAGGGAAGGCCAGAGAACAGCUCAGAUGUUUACUGGGAACUGUCAGACGCCUCCUCGUCCUGUCCUCUCCAGUGGGGACCGUGCUCCUGUACUGACGUCAGGUCAUGGGAGAGGAGUAUCUGAGCGAUAAUAAAGCAAGUAUUAUAAUAACAAUGUAAGGCUUGGUGCCCUCUGGGUAGUCCUGGUGUUGAAUCCUCACAGCAUCACAUGAGGAGAUAUUGUCCAGCCACUAGGAGACAGAGCCUGGAACUGGCUCAGUGACUUAUCAAAGACCCCGCAGCUACUAAGGGACAGGAUGGGAACCCUCGCCGCUGAGUUCUCAGCAACAGUGUACUCUACGUAACACGAGAGCAUUUUCCAGGAGAGAUGUUCUGGCCCCCACUUCAUUUAUUUUUUUAAAGAUUUUAUUUAUUUAUUUGAGAGGUAGAGUUACAGACACAGAAAGGGAAGGACAGAGAACGAUCUUCCAUCCGCUGGUUCACUCCCCAAAUGGCCACAAUGGCUGGAGCUGGGCUGAUCUGAAGCCAGGAGCCAGGAGCCUCCUCCAGGUCUCCCCGCAGGUGCAGGGGCCCAAGUGCUCCACUGCUUUCCCGGGCCCUAGCAGAGAGCCCGAUCGUGGUCCCCACUCCACCCAUCCUUAGCCUGUGACCCUGCUCCUUCCCUGGCUGCUCUGCUCACUGUGGGCUCCCUGAUGACGCCAGGAUUUACCUCGAGCCUUCCCUGCCCGCACAGGCUGAGGGCUCCCUCCCAGUUGCUGCUGUGAACUCCAGAACCCCGGGGGUGCUGCUGCUGGUGGCUGUCAUCAAAGUCGGCUCAAUCUGUUCCCACUGUCUUGUUGGCGUCAUUGUCACUGCCACAUUGAGUGUCUCCAAGGCACGAGACCAAGUGGAAAACGGACGCUUGGGAAAAUACAGUUCCUCACCCAGGAGGGGUCCCUCUGCGUCCUAAAAGCGCAGUCUCAAGGGCCGGGACCAGAGGCCUGCAAAUCCCCUCCAGCUGUAAGGGAAAUCCUAUGAGCACAGCCUCGUUCCUGUUCUUAAAAUAAUGUGCGACUUUUGGAAAAGGUUAAGCCAGAGCGUGCCUGGUGACCUCCUCCCAGAGGGUGCUGCCUCCACGGGGGUGUUGCCAAAAUGCAUCCUUGGAGACGGUGCCAGAGCCCUGACUGGGGCCUUCGUGCCCUGAGCCCUCACCCCCAGAGCUGGGGUAACGGCUGAGACUCAGGGCUCAUCCAGGGAAAUCCCCACGUUGACAAGUCGGCCUGACCAGGCUCUACUCCAGCCCUGCCCCCGGGCUGGGGCUCCUCCCUGAGGCCCCCAGCCUGGCCCAACCCCCACUCCUCGUGCACAUAAAAGGGUCGAAUUCUCGUGGCUGCUCCAUAAAUUUUAUUCCGUAAAUAUUAGUUUUCCCUGUGUUUAAUAAAGCAGUGGCCCACCUCCCCGCCUACCCGCCCGCUCCCCGGGGCCGGGGCUGGGGCCAGGGCUGGCUGGUGGGAGAAGGGACUCUUUCAAUUGCUUUGGAGUAUUUUUAGAAAAAAAAAUAAUAUAAGGUGGUUUACACGAGCAAGCCAGCAAACCAGGAGCAGGACUGGAGACCUCGAGGAAGUUCCUGCAGGAACUUGACCUAAAAAGUAGAGAAAUAGCGCCACCUAGGUUGCAAGGCCUUCUCCGUCCUGCCGGCCGCUGGGCCCGCAGGCAGCCAGGACAGGCGCGCUCUGGGCUGCAAAAGGAAUCUUUAUCCCUUGCGCUGCAACGGGGAGCACCUCCCUUUCUCAUGCCUCACGGGGGUCCUUCACAGCAGCCCUGGGUCCUGAAGUCCCACCAGGGCCGUUCUCUUCCAGUCACCAGGCAGCCAGUUCCCGGGGUCAAGCAGUUUUCCCACAGGACAGUGAAUUUAUGGAGCAGGGAGGGGAGAACCCUUGGGGCUCCGUCGUCCCCCAAGUCCUGGGGUGCUCGCCCUGGGAUUUCUAGGGUGCUCCUGUGCUCUGGACUGCGUAAGAAGCUGGCACAGUGAUAGCAGCAUCCUCCUGUCCCCACAGUGAGCCCGGGUGGGGCGUCGGGGGACGGAGCUGCUGUGUCUCCCGACCUGCAGCCCCGACGCUGCUGCUGGUUUCUGUCCGGGGCACUUCUGUCUUUGGCUUCCCCCCUCCUGCCCCAGCCUUGAUUUCCUCUUAGCACCUGUGUUCUUUCCGUGCAAAGACAGCAUAAGGAGGAGUGGGGACCCAAGAAGGCUGUGCCUCUCCUGCUGCUUCUGAAUCCGGGCACAUUGUUGACACUGUCACCAGGGGCGUUCUCUCUCUCUCACUUUUUCUUUCAAAUUUAUUUAUUUAUUUGUUUUUUAUUUUUCUUAAAUUCUUUUUUUUUUUUUUUUUUUUUUUUUUUG